AUGAUCAAAUUAGCUUCGAACUUGCCUAUCAAGCGUUGGCUCUGAUUGAUAGGUGGCAUUCUCGAGAAGCCAGAUACGCCUGCCCCCAAAGAUGUCUGGACCCGACCUGUUGACCCGCUCAACGCACCUGAUGUCCCAACCAAAUUCUCCAUCACGUUCAGGGAAGGCAAGGCUGUGAAGUUUGAGGUAGAGGCUGGCCAGACUGUCACUGGUUAUCUUGAAGCCUCUUCUAGGUAA